AAUGGCACCAGUUACGAAUAUUGAUCAUGGCUGAUGUAAACAUUCGGCGAAUGCACAGCUUUUGAUUAAAAAAUGGUUUUUAUUUAUUAAUGUGAUUAAGAAAAUGUGCGUAUUUGCAUUUUUAUAACUUGAUCCUUAAAGCCUGGUGAAGCAUUUUUUUUUAUCUGUAAAGGAUUCUUUCAGAAAUAUGGAAGAGAAUAAUGCAAGUUUACUAUUGACUCCCGCUGCUAAAAAGAACUAUCAUUUUACUCGUGAAUUUCCUUUCCCGAUAUUUAGAGACGAGAAUGCGGCUGGUCCUUCUGAUCAGGAGUGGAAAUACGUUAUUGGUCAUCUGCAAGAAGACUGUGUUGUUGUGUACGACGAUGAAGACAUUAAGUUGUUAUUCACAAAGGGUUUCUUUGGCGUGGGAUCACUAUCUAAAAAAGUACCCCGUGUUUGCUAUUCUACAAGGAAAAGCCCUGAUUUUAGGAAUCAAAGGAAACAGCAGCAGCAAUCAUCAACAUCUUCAUUUGUGAAUGAAACAUCUAAGAACCAAACUGAAGAUGAAGAGAUUGAGGUUGUAAAUUGUGAAGAUGAUGAGGAUGAAAAAUCUGCUGAUAGAAAGGAAGGUGAUGAAAUUGAAGUUGUACUUUCUGAUUCUGAUGAUUCUAUGUCUGAGGAUGAAGUUGCUGAAAUUGGUGAGAAUGAUAGUGAUUCAAAGUCUGAAGAAAAAGAACAUCUGAUAUUGACUUUUGAAGAAGCAUACUUUUUAUCUUAUGGAUUGGGGUGUUUGGUUGUAAAAGAUAGAGGUCAGUCCAUGGAUUUAUUGAGGUUAUGGAAUAAAUUCUGUGAAUUAUCUGUGGGGCAGAAUUUCCCGAUCAUGUAUACCGCAUAUCACCACUUUAGGAGUAAAGGCUGGGUUGUAAGAAGUGGACUAAAAUAUGGCACUGAUUAUGGUAAGAUAUCUUAGAUUUUUUAAAAUUUU